UCGAUAAACAAAUAUAAGUAUAAAAGUCUAAGUAAAUUGUAUUCUUUAAAAAAGUUAAUAAAAAGCAAAGAUUAUGUUUGAAAAAACAAUUAUUUAUUUAUUUGUACAACGCGAUAAUUUAUAUAAAUCGCCCUGUGAAAAUUCGUGUUAAAGUUCUCUGCUUGGAAGUACUGAAGAUAAAAAAAAAUAUAUUUUAAACAGUUCCAUAUUUAUUUAAAAGCAUAUCCCACCUUCAAUCAAUAGAAAAGUCUAAAAAUAAAUUUUCUUGGCACCUUCAAAACGUGGCUAUCAUGUUAUUUGUUAUAGAGAUCAUUUUUUAAGAUUAAAAAGUAAAUAAUAAAAUAAUCUAAUGAAUUGAUGCAAUAAUAGCUACUAUUUUUUAAGGUAACUUGUACUAAAUACAAUGGGAGACUAUGUAACUCCUGCUCGGUUCUCCAAUCUUAGUUUGGAACAAAUGACGAUAUAGAGGCUUGAAUAACCUUUAUACUGAACAAUAUCUCGAAAGAAGAAGAUAAACUGUUUUGAGAUAACUCUAAAUAUAUUAAAAGGCAAUUUAAAUACAAAAAUGGGUUGUGAACCAGUUCAAGGGAGGGGUCGGCAAUCAGCGAUAGAAGCGAUACCGGCCUGGAGGAUAGGACACGCUUCUUCGACAAAGACUUCUCCUUACUAUAUAAACCGCUUUAACUUUGGUUUGGGCAGGUAUCCUCAGGAAUACACUGAACAUGUUCGCAUCCGCUCUCACUCGCUUCUCGGUGAUCUUCGCCGUCCUUCUGGUCGUCAAUUAUGCCAGCUCCAAACCUUGCGGUUGCGGAUGCUGCGGCUGCGGUGGCGGCUGUUGUGAUUGUGGAUGUGAUUGCGGCUGCGGUUGUGGUGGAGGUUGCGGCGGCGGCUGUGGAGGUGGUUGCGGCGGCGGUUGUUCCUGUGGAGCCCUCAUAGUACCCACUUGCGUCUCCACUGGUGGAUGUGGUGGUGGCUGCGGUGGUGGAUGCGGUGGUGGAUGCGGUGGCGGAUGUGGUGGAUGCGGCGGAUGCGGAUGCGGCUGCUGUGACUGCGGAUGUGGUUGCGGUGGUGGAUGUGGUGGUUGCGGAGGCUGUGGUGGUUGCGGAGGCUGCGGCUGCUGCGUCCCAAUCUGCUCUUGCGGAGGCUGCGGAGGUUGUGGAGGUUGCGGAGGUGGAUGCGGCUGCGGUUGCGGUGGAUGCGGAGGCUGCGGCUGUUGCUGUUGCUAAUCUCGUCCGGCCAAUCCAUGUCGGUAUCGAACAAAAACGAAAGAAAAACCUUUUUUUCUAGUCUCUUCAAGUUACUAAAAUAAAAGAUGAAACAACAAAAAAAGAUAAACCUAGAUGGUGGAAAUUAAAAAUCUGAAUUUUUUAAAUUUUUAAAAUUCAGAUUUUGGUCUGAACAUUCUUGGGUACUUUAAUAAAUCUGAUUAUAGACUGGA